GCUUCUAUGGUUAACUGUUCCUAAAGUCUAAAUCUCUCUAGUUCUGCAACAGGAAAACAGGAGGAUUUGAAUUCCCUUGAGGUUUUGUUUUCUCUUAAACCCUAGCAAUUCUUCUCCUCCGAGAGAACCCUCGUUAGCUAUGUGGAGCCGAAUCUCUAGCAGAAAACCAUCUCUAUCUGCAAUUACUCAGCUCUCCUCUUCUCCAUUCAUGGCGAAGCGGUCUUAUGGGCUGAUACCCAUGGUGAUCGAACACACCUCAAGGGGCGAACGAGCUUACGACAUCUUCUCUCGUCUCCUGAAAGAGCGUAUCGUCUGCAUCAACGGUACGAUAGCCGAUGAUACGGCCUCUGUAGUGGUUGCUCAGCUUCUGUUUCUUGAAUCCGAGAAUCCAUCGAAACCCAUCAACAUGUACAUCAAUUCUCCCGGGGGUGUUGUUACCGCCGGCCUUGCGAUCUACGACACGAUGCAGUACAUUCGAUCUCCGGUGAGUACUCUUUGUAUUGGGCAAGCUGCUUCGAUGGGUUCUCUGCUAUUGACGGCUGGUGCAAAGGGUGAGAGACGAGCGUUACCUAAUGCUAGGGUUAUGAUCCAUCAGCCCUCUGGUGGGGUAAGUGGGCAAGCUAGUGAUAUAGCAAUUCAGGCUAAGGAGAUUCUCAAGCUGAGGGAGAGGUUGAAUAUGUUGUAUGUGAAACAUACUGGGCAGGAUCUUGAGAAAAUUGGGCUGUCCAUGGAGAGGGACAUGUUCAUGUCGCCGGAAGAGGCAAAAGAGUUCGGUUUGAUUGAUGAGGUUAUUGAGAAUAGGCCAAUGGCUCUGGUGACAGAUGCAGUUGCAAGCACAGGGUCCGGUGGGAACAAAGGGAAAGAGGAGGGCUCAAGCUAGGACUUGGAAGGGGGAUUCAAUCUUUUUGUGCUUUAGUAAUUUUUGGCUUCAGAUGCCAUGGAUCAUUGACUCUUGCCAUUAGAGAUACUUCACUUUUUGGUGCUGCAUAUCCAUCUUCAACUAAAUGCCAAAGAUUUUCUGACACAAUCUUCAAAAGUGAGCAUGAGACUCUGAGUCUAUUUAAUUGAAUGGUGGACUUGUUGCAACUUCUCACAUAAUAAGGGAAUUGCUCCAACUCCAAUUCUAUUGUGACAACAGAAAGAGUGAUGAGACUCUGCAAGUUCUUACAAGUGUAAUCCUUUGGAGUAUAAACUAUAGGAAUAGAAUAUGGAGAACCUACCUGUUUUGGAGAAUUGCCUUGUGAAAGGCUUAACUACUAUUUAACUUUGGAAUUUGUGGGCUGUUCCCUCAUGCCUUGGAAACAUUGAAGAUUUAAUGUUAGGUGAGAUUCCUGGGUA